AUGCGCGCGAGGGGCGCCAUCGAUGUGUUUCUGCCGCUUCACGCCUUGGGCAUCUCCAUGUUUUCCCCACUGUGCGCCGCCUGGGAGUUUGAGUGGAGCCCUUGCCACCUGAGAGUUUGGGUGUUCUACGCAACGGCCUCUCCGGCGCGGCCGCUGCCGGUCCCCGCGGGGGCGGAGGCGCUGGCGGCCGCGGUGGGCGUGCUCGGCGGGCCCGCGCCGAGGCGCGUCGCCGCGCUGCUGCUCGACAGCCUGCCUGGCACCGCGGCGCUCCUGGAGGAUGGCCCCGACGGCUGGAUGCCGCUUGGGCAGGUCCACUUGGCCCCGGAGCACCGCCACGGCCUCGCCUUCUCUGGGGAGGAGCUCGUCGCUGUGUCUCGGGGCGGGGAGGUCAUCCGCAAGCACGUGCGGGACGGGUCGCUGAUCACCCACCCCGCGCCCGGAGGGCCUCGCGGCCGGGAGUACCACGCCGCGGGGGCGCUGCCGGGCGGCGGCCUGCUGCGGCUGGCGCUGCGCCCGCGCGGGGCGGGCGCCGGGGCGGCCUGGUCUGCGGAGCUGCUCGAGGGCGGCGUGGGGGCGUGA